GUACUCGAAAAAUCAAAUGUACAAUAUCGUAUGUAGAUAAAUUACAAGUUUUAAUUUUUGGUUGGUAAUUGGAUUGCUUUCUACUGCAUUUAGACCAUCGAAAAGUGGAACCGCCAGCCGAUAUCGUUAUUAAGUCCAUAACUCACGUGAUAUGGAGAAUUUAGAGGAUAUAACUGAUGAACUGUUAGGAUUACCAGGAUAUGUGAGGAGAAAUCUCCUCUUGAUGCGCGAUCUUGAUUUAAAAUCAGUUGCGUUGUUCAAUGAAGCCAACCAACGGUCACAAACCCUGUUAAUUAACGAUAAUGAUGCUAAACAGGGCACACCUGGAGAUAGAUCAUCAGUAUCUCCAUCGCCUAUAAACUCCAAGAAAGAUGACGGCGACAAGCGACAAAGUUCCGCUACAUCAAAGGUACACAAGAUAAAGAGCGACCCAGACACCAAAUCGUCGUCAGAUCACGCCAGCUUAAGGAGGCGUGCUUCAAGGGAUCCAUCUAUCAGUGAUUUUUGUGAUUCAGGAGCAGUCAGUGAAUACGAUAGAGAUAUAGACGAAAUACAGACACUUCGAAUGCAGGGCAUAUACGCUUUACAGGAAAAGCUCGACGUGAACAACCAAAUAACCUGCAUGUUAAAACACGAAUAUGAAAAUUUGAGGUCAAAGUUUGAUUCAAUGUACAGUGAAAUGGAAGUAAAAGGGUUGAUUCCAGCCGAAUUGAAGAUGAACAUUGCUUUGAACAAGAAUAAAUAUUAUCCUGGAAACCCCCUUCAGCCAUCAACAGAUGAUGGCGGUACUAUAAAGAGAGUUGGAGAGCACAGUACACUUCCUCCAAACCAAUUGGAUAUUGCUACAAUGUUUAGGAAUGUGGCUGCUCAAGAGCACUGGAAAUCGGAAUCUAAAAAUCUUGAAAAUAGCUCAGCUGGUGAUAUUUCAAGGGAUAAUUAUGAUUUUAAACAAGACAGACCGCCAUUAAACACGUAUGGAUCACAACAAUACGGUAGAAUGCCAUCGCUUACUUAA